CUUUCCUUUAUAAUUUUCACCCAAAAUUUGGGAAAAUUCCCCCAAAAUUAGAGCUUCAAUAAAGAGUGAGCUUUGCUACCCCUUAACAACCCCAAUAACAACACCACCUGCUCCUUCAAGGAUAGUACGUACGUACGUAAGAAAGUACGUACGUGAGAAAGUACGUACGUACGUAAGAAAGUGCUGUAUGACUCUUACAGGUUUGGGGCAUUCCUUGAAUACAUGAGAAUUUGCUGAGAUGAGUAUAAUAAAGUUGAAGGAUGGAUAAAGAGGGCAAGAGGCUGGCUGAGGUGGUGAGGAGGACACACAAGCAUCUCAGGAAGCAGUACAAGUUGGGUGAAGAUGCAGCACAAGUGUGGAAGCAACACACACAACAUGAAGAGGAUCUCCAGACAUACGCCAAUGCCAUGCAUACAUUAGCUACCCAACACUGGGAGGCACGUCAACAGGUCAACACUUCCAGAGUAAUUUGGAUUCACAGUGCUAUUAUGGAGUACUUUCAAGGAGGUGAAAUGCAGCGCACAACUGAAAAAGAAAUGCGGAAGAUAGAACACCUGGAUUUAAAAGCGGACGAUUCUGAUUUAGCCAAUGGAUGUAAGUUGCCAUUAACUUCAAAAGUAAGACUGUUGGAUGUGGGGAGCUGCUACAACCCUUUUCUUGUGUAUGAUGAGUUUGAUGUGACGGCUAUUGAUCUUUGCCCUGCUCAUCUGUCUGUGAAAAGAUGUGAUUUCUUAAGCUUAGAAGUUUGUACUGAAGUUAGAAAAGAAGAAGAUAUCAAAAAUUCUAGAGGAUCAGACAAAUGCCAAACAACUAACAUAUCCCCAACAAAUAUUCUACUAGAAACAAAUUCAUCAUCAAAUAUAUCAAGGAAUUUAAAACAUAAUGGCAACACAGAACUAGUUACAUCAUCUGUGUGGGAUGAAAAAUUAAAUGCAGUAAUAGUGCAAGAUAAAUGCAACUCUGAAAUUUUUGAAACUGUUGGGGGAACAAACCUUACAGAAAUAUCUCUACAAAAAACAUGUUUACAAAACAUUGAAAAUGAAAGUAUUGUAGAAAACACCUCGAGCUCCGGAACCAAUUUAGAAAACACACAGGAUAGUGAAAAUAAAAGUUUGGUAGAAAACACCUCGAACUCCAGAAGAAUUUUUAAUACUGAAGUAAGAGAGUCAGGUGCUAGUAUUAACGAAGUUACAUAUUUGCAAGGGAGUUCCUUUGAUGUAGUGGUCUUCAGUCUGCUACUUGAAUACAUACCUUCACCAAUGCACAGAUUCUUGUGUUGUCAAAAAGCGUACAACCUUUUAAAACCAAAUGGCAUCUUCUGCAUUAUCACUCCUGAUAGUAAACACCAGAAUGCUAACGUGCAUCUCUAUAAACUCUGGAAGAUAUCUCUUGGUUAUUUAGGCUUUGCGAGGAUCAAGUAUGAAAAACAUACCCACUUCCAUGGCAUGGUGUUCCGCAGGGGAUUGUGUAAACAGGCCUGGCAACUGGAUGCUACAAGGCAAUUGUCUUUCAUGAAAAAAAUUAAUAUAAAGAAGAAGUUUGCAGGGAUAGACUAUAACAAAAUAAGUAAUGAAAUGUAUAUUCCUCAAGAUUUUCAGGAUCUCUCAGACAGUGAAGAGGUACCAAAUUAUGGAGGAAAAUCAGAUUAAAUCUAAAAUUUUUUUUUUUGUGGUACAAAAAUAAUGUAGUUUACAUGUUAUAAAACACUAGUAGGCCCAAAAGAAAGUCAUUAAUAUGCAAAGUGUUUUUGGCAUGUGACAGUUGCAUCAGGUAACCCUUCAUGAGGGAUGCCUUGAUACCAGCUAAGAGCUCUUGAUUCAAGGAAUUAGGCCUGCCUUCUCCAGUAGUCUUAAAAGUAAAUGGUCAUAACUAUAAUUUUUAAAGGGGUGGACCAGUAAGCCAGUGUAAGGCCUCAGUCAGAUGAUCAAAAGUUCUAGCUGUGGGUCAUCACAUGACCAAGACCAGCAUCUGGAAACACUUGUCCUGUUUCCUGACAAACCGUACCUAACCUAACCUGAAGACCAGCGUCAGGAAACACUUGUCAUGUUUCCUGAAAAACCUUACCUAACCUAACCUGAAGACCAACGUCAGGAAACACUUGUCCUGUUUCCUGACAAACCUUACCUAACCUAACCUGAAGAUCAGCAUCUGGAAACACUUGUCCUGUUUCCUGACAACCCUUACCUAACCUAUCCUGAAGAUCAGCAUCAGGAAACACUUGUCCUGUUUCCUGACAAACCUUACCUAACCUAACCUGAAGACCAGCAUCAGGAAACACUCAUCCUGUUUCCUGACAAACCUUACCUAACCUAACCUGAAGACCAGCAUCAGGGAACACUUGUCCUGUUUCCUGACAAACCUUACCUAACCUAACCUGAAGACCAGCAUCAGGAAACACUUGUCCUGUUUCCUGACAAACCUUACCUAACCUAACCUGAAGACCAGCAUCAGGAAACACUUGUCCUCUUUCCUGACACCUUACCUAACCUGAAGACCAGCAUCAGGAAACACUUGUCCUGUUUCCUGGCAAACCUUACCUAACCUAACCUGAAGACCAGCAUCAGGAAACACUUGUCCUCUUUCCUGACACCUUACCUAACCUGAAGACCAGCAUCAGGA